UUCUCUGAUCUUUAUGGCCCCUCUCUCUCUGUUGAUGCUGUUGAUGGCAGUUGCCAUGGUAACCGGGGCCCGUGCAGCCGGCGAGGACAACGAGCUGGAUCACGGUCCAUGGAACUACAAGGAAGGAGCUGACAGUGUGAACGUGGCCUCGGUGCGCAGCGUGACCAGAGUUUUAGACACCUGGGGGAAACGCAUCUUCAGCGAGAUCAAGACUUUGCUUCACUCUCAGCCCAACACACUACUGCCUGACUACUCCAGGGUGCGUCCUCUGUCCGAGUCCAUCAACGACCUCUUCAGGGAGGUCUCCCAGCUGCAUCUCCGCAUCUCUGAGCUCUCUCAUCGACUAGCUACACUGGAGCCUUACCUCCGUCGCCAUGGCUACCGGGGAGACGGAGAGGAGGCUGGAGGCAGCAGGGCUCAGAAAGGGGAGAGGGUGAGCAUCGCCCGGUACGCCCUGAAGAACAAAGAGAGGGCGAGCAGGCCGUGGGUGAGCCGGGUGGUCAGGAGGAGACGGGUCAGGAUCCUGAAGAACCGGGGAGCAGCUUCAGAGUGACUCUAAUGGACCGAGAGGGAAGACGUUCUGCGUAAUAUCUAGAGAAAACACAAAGCUCCUC